AUGUCGACGCCUUCCAAGAGCAACAACAACUCGCGUCUCUCUGCGAUGGCGCAGCUGGAAAAGACUGCCAAGACAUUGACGCUGUACUCGCGGGCGCUGCACCACCAGCUCGCACGGCUCCGAGAGGAGAUGGUCACGGAGAAGCAGGCGGUGCUGACGUCUGAGGACGACGUAAGUGAAUCGUCCGCACGGCUGCAGGAGAUCGAGGAGCUCAUGGCCAAGCUGCAACAAGAGAUCAGUGCACUGCGCUUGACACCACCUGACGACGGUAGCUUAGCCGCGCGUGAGCAGGAGCUCGAGGAGCUGGAGGAGGAGCGUCAUGAGGAAUUGGAUUUGCUCGCUCAUAUUCAGACCAUACUACUGAUGCAUCAAAACAUGCACAAGAAGAUGCAGCGAAUGAUCGCCACGCUCACCAAGGAGAUUCACCGUGUGCGCCAACGUGAGGAGGUCGUCGUGUUGGCCGCGUUGCGUAGCCGCAUCGUCAAGGGCGAAGCAGAAGUCCUGCGUGAAGCACUACAGACCGUUCGUGACCAAGGAUUUCGCAUGCAGCGUGCUGUAGACGCAAAGGAUCAGUCUGCUGUGCUUAAAUACGCUGCUGAAAUGCUACGCGAAUUACGCACGAGUCUACUGUCUCCUAAGAAUUAUUACCAUCUUUACAUGCAAUUAAUGGACCAAUUGCGGCAUUUUGAAAACUAUGUGGACGAGCAGCAACAAUCCGGCGCAUCUAUGCGCAUACUCUAUGAACGUGUCCAGAGCAGUGGCAAUGUCCUGCCAAGACUGUACUUGCUCGUGACGGUCGGAGCAAUCUACAUCAAGUCCAGGGAAGCUCCAGCUCGUGAUGUGUUGACGGAUUUAGUGGAGAUGACAAAAGGAGUACAACAUCCACUACGUGGUCUUUUCUUGAGACACUAUUUGUCUCUUAGUGUACGUGACAAGCUGCCGGAUACGGGUUCAGUGUACGAGCAAUCAGGUGGUGGCACUGUCAGCGACUCUAUCAAGUUCUUGUUGCAAAACCUACGGGAAACCAAUCAACUUUGGAUACGACUGCAGCAUCAAAAGACUAACGGCGCUCGGCCACUGGUUGUUCGAGAGAAGGAGCGGAUGGAGCUCCGUCUUUUGGUUGGAACGAGCCUCGUACGAUUGAGUCAAAUAGAUGGAGUCACAAGCAGCAUCUAUGCUGAGCAAGUGUUACCUGAAUUACUAAAUGAUGUAGUCCUUGCCUGCAAAGACUGCAUGGCGCAGCAGUACUUGAUGGAUUGUAUUAUUCAGGUCUUCCCGGACGAGUUUCACUUGCAGAAUCUUGAGAAAUUGUUGGAUGUAUUGGAAAAGCUGCAGACAAAUGUCGACGUCGCAUUGAUCUUGACAGCGCUUCUUAAACGUCUUACAAAAUUUCGGGAAGCACAGGGAAAUGUUACCGGUGCAGGACAGCAAGAAACAGGAGCGGAUGAUCGUACCAAGCUAAACGAUGAGCAGCAAGAUGGCCUUCAUGUUUUCCAGCAGAUGAUGAAUACGACUGGUAAGAUGUUUUUGCGCUCAUUGCGGUAUGCUGCUGAAAAUGGAGAUCCAAUAAGCGAAGGAGGUGGUACUGACGUGCAGUUGGCCUCAGUGUUGCCCUAUUUUGUGGCGUUUGCCACUUUUACCCUCGUCUGGUUGGGCACCACCACGAGUAAAAACUCACAUACAACUACUGCCAUUCAGCAAGUGGUUUUUGGCUGCUUAACUUUUUUACGUGAGCGAACAGCGUGGCGAGUGGACAAAGAUGAGCAAAAGCGCCAGGCUGUGAUUUCUCAGCUUAAAACUCUUGCGCUCACGCUCCUUCGAGGCUUUUCUAUCCAGGAUCUUUUGCAAGUCCCAUCACUGCUUGAAUUGCUAGCACUGAUGCCGUGGCAGGGCGCGUGGAAAGAUGUGGCACUGGUAUGGAUCCGUGUGCUGCUUGCACGGCAUGAACGUGUCUACAAUGAGAAACAAAUGAGCUUUUUGCUGACAGUGCUGGCACCAUUAGUGCGCGAUGACCCCAGCGAGUUCCAGUUGCUGCCCCCAGUCACCACAACAGAUAUGGGGAAAACUAAGGAGGCUGAGAUUUUUGAAGCCGAGCAGCAAACAUUAGCCAAGGUUGUCCACCUCGUAUCAAACGAUAAUUAUGACGUCAAGUUUCGCGUGUUUGUAGUGGCACGACGUGCAUUUUUAAUGAGCGGUGUAUUUCGGAUUCGAUUCACGCUUGUGCCAUUAAUCUGCCAGUCGUUGGCACUUGCCAGAGACCUAGCAGCUCAUACUCAGGAAAAGACCCAAAGUCAAGGUCAAGAGACCAAAGCAGAAUCAGAGGCCACUGUGACUGACGGAAACUCCAAGACUUUUGUUACGACGCCUCGUGAGGUUCUUCAGUUUGUACAUGAGAUGGUGACGGCAUUGGCGUCCAAGCAGGAUGCGCUGUCUGUUUCGUGCGUUCAUUUAUUUUUGCAAUGUGCUCUCGUUGCCGAUGGCUGUGCAUUUGAGGCAAUCGCAUACGAGUUUAUCACUCAGGCUUUCAUUGUAUAUGAAGACCAAAUCACGCUUGCACGUGAACAAUGGCGCGCUUUAGAAGCAAUGGUUGCAUCACUGCGUGCAACCCGCAAUCUCUCGAGCACCAACUACGAGAUUCUCGCGACCAAGACCACACAGUAUUCUGCUCGAUUACUCAAGAAAAAUGAGCAGGCCUUGAUGGUGCUGAAUUGUGCACAUCUCUUUUGGCAUCCGUCUCAUCGAGAUGGCAAGCGCGUCCGGGAAUGUCUUCAGCGAUCAUUACGCAUUGCGGAUUCAAUGAAGGACAUAGCAUUAAACCAGGUCCCUCUUUUUCUGGAUAUAUUGGAGGCUACACCUGAAGUGACACGCAACUAUUUGGUGGGUCUGUUGACACUUGUGAAGGAUCAUCUGAAUAACAUGGAGCAUGGGCAACGGCGCAGGGAAGGUGAAUCCCGUUAUCGCGCCAUUAUGUGCUGCAUGGAUGUCUUUGAUGUAUCCGAUAAAGCGCUAUCGACCUCGUUUUCACCAUCAUCACGGUAG